UAAACUAAUGUAUCACUUACAAUUAAAUUAUUGCCCAAUUAUUCAUAUUCUGAGUAAUCGGUAUUGAUUUGAGAAAAGCGCGCCUUAGAUUCAUGAUGAUUUUCUGAUUCUUAUUUUUGUGGUAGGAAUGAAGGGAUUUUGUUAAAUUGUAAUGUAAAGAUACCUCCGCUCCGAGGGAAACGCCAAACGACACCUUGGCUUCAGACUGGUUCAAAAUGUCCGGAAUGGCACCCCCCGGCGGUGACACCAGCCCCACUCGUCAGCCAAGGCAGAGCAGGACACACAGCGUCGGCUUUCCGACGCGUACGUCGCUUUUACCGGAACCACCGCCGACCGGAAACGUUGGAGCACCGCCGAUACCGCGUCGCCAUUCCGCAACCCCUGCGGUAGCGCCACCGCCGAUCCCACUCCGAGCUCCGGCGAUUCCAAAGCGAUGCAAAAACGAGCGUCCAAUACCGUUGCAAGUCCAGCUCCCGGCAGUCCCGCGUCGUUCAAAUCCUGACCGUAAACCGGCUGCGCAAUUCGAGCAGCCAAAAGCGGAUCCAGUGGCGCCAAAACCCGAACCAAGACCGACGACAGCGAAGAGCAGUGGCGCCGUGAGUCCGUGGCAGCAGCGUCAGGAGGAACGGAAACCGACGGAGCUUGACAAGGCGUCACGUGACCUUGACAAGCGGCUGCAGGAGCGAAGCGGUGAGCUUGGAAGGCCCGCUGGCAUCGAGCGCUCAAAGUUCGAGGAGCUUCAGCGAGCGGCGCGUGAUCUAGAGCGCAGGCUGCCGCUUACGGUUCUGGCCGAGCCACCGGAGGUGCCGGAGCGCGCCAAAUUUGAAGACCAGCUAAAGUCCCGUUACGAUUUGGACAUGGAGAAGGCGAGGAACAUGCUGCAGAACAGCUUCGGCAAGCGGGAAAAGACCACUGGCGAGAAACUGGAGAAGCUUCCGAAGGCCACGCAGACCAACAUGCCUCCACCGCUCAGCGCCAUCGUUCAGAGUCCCGUUCCGAAGCCCAUAAGCGUUCGCCAGGACAGCAACGUGUCCUCGGACAGCUUCAGUCAGACCAGCUCGCCUAGCUACACCAGCAAGACCAUGGAGGCACCGCUUUUGCCCCAUAAACACGCCAACGGGAAAGUUCCAGGAAGAGCACUUGUACCAGAGCCAGAGAAUCCGCCAGGAAGUCCGAUCACAAAGUCGAUAAGCACACCGGCCAGUCUGCAAACAAUCGUGCGAUUUCACAACGGAAGUAACAUGUCGCUUCAUCACAGAAUCAUCAGAGACAUUAGAAGACCGAGCAGUCAUUACGUGACGACAGGAAGACUGCGUUUUAGAUUCGCUCAAGUGCUGGUCAACGCAGUGGCUCUUUUCGCGAUAGCAGGUGGCUUGGCAGCAUACUUCAAAUCUUAUCCAGCGUACACUGUGAGGUUCGAAAACAAUACUGUACAUUCGACGGAAAUGGUGACAGCUCCAGGACCUCCGAAAGUCGAACCACCACCGAAAAAUCCAGCACCUGGAAUAUGCCUGCCAGUGAUCGUCAGCUUCUGUCAGUACCACAAGAUCCCGUACAAUUUCACCGUAUUUCCGAACUACAUGGGCAACUUUGGACAGAGAGACGCUCAGCACGAGCUUGAACUUUACGACGCAGUUGUCGAUGUGCGGUGCUACGAAUUGGCAGCCCUGUUUCUCUGCAGCGUGUUUGUGCCAAAGUGUGGUCCACGAGGCCAGGUGGUCAGGCCAUGUCGCAGUCUCUGCUACCAGACCAAACGUCGCUGCGGGUUCUUUCUCGAAGUGUUCGGUCUCACCCUGCCCGAGUAUCUUGAGUGCGACCUUUUUCCCGAGAAUGCUGACCCCGAGGCUUGCGUUGGACACCGCGAAGUCAUCGAAGCGGCAAAAAGGGCGGAGAAACCCGUCUGUACCAGUGGCUUUCAAUGCGACGGUACCCGCUGUAUUCCGGUUGAUUGGCGUUGCGACGGCCACGUCGAUUGCGCUGACCAAUCGGACGAAAUCGGGUGUGGCGAAUGCGGAGCCACGGCACCCUCGAACAGCGACGAAAAAUCCCUCACUGACCCCGUUCUUCACUGUGGAGAGAGACGAUGCAUGUCCAGUUUGCACGUCUGCGACGGAACCAUGAACUGUCCUUGGGGGCAGGACGAAAGGAAUUGCUUAAGACUGAGCGAGCGAAACGGUGACAUUGGUAAAGGACGGUUGGAGAUCUACCACGCUGAAAACGGGAACUUUUCACCAGUCUGUGUGAUGAAUUGGGACGCAGAAACCUCACCUCAUCAGAUAUGCUCAUAUCUUGGAUAUAAAGUCGCAAACUCGUCGGUACUGUCCAGAAAUGGCACCAACGUCUCGAUGCCACCGCAGAAAAUCGAGACCUCGGUUCAGUGGCGGCUUGCUCAAAAAACCAACACCAACAUCCUCGAAGAACUCCGGCGCUGCACCAAAUACGAAAAUUAUCCUACCGUUGAGCUGGCCUGUUCGGAAUACGGAUGCGGAAAGCGGAAGCAUUCCUAUGGUAAUUCGAGGCCUCGGGCGAGAAUCGUCGGUGGAGUUGAAGCAGCUCCUGGUGAUUGGCCAUUCCUUGCGGCGCUUCUCGGUGGACCUGAACAGGUUUUUUACUGCGCUGGAGUCCUAAUUGCCGAUCAGUGGGUCCUGACCGCGUCACAUUGCGUUGGAAAGAAGAAAUCUGGCAGUUUCAGCCACUCCGAGGUAUCCGGAUGGACAAUUCAGCUCGGUAUAACUAGACGCCAUGCUCAUACCUACCUUGGUCAGAAAGUCAAGGUAAAGCGAGUCGUUCCUCACCCAAAUUAUAACCUGGGAAUCGCUCACGACAACGACGUCGCUCUUUUCCAGCUUGAGAGUCGCGUGCAGUUUCACGACCAUCUAAGACCUGUUUGCUUGCCAACUGCGGACACGGAGCUGACGCCAGGAACACUUUGCACAGUAAUCGGUUGGGGAAAGAAAGAAGACACGGAUGUUUCAGAAUACGAGCCGGCCGUCAACGAAGUAAACGUCCCAGUAUUGAACAGAGAGCUCUGCAACCUUUGGCUGGAACAUAAAGAGCUUAACGUAACCGAAGGCAUGAUUUGCGCCGGUUAUCCAGAGGGAGGAAAAGACGCCUGUCAGGGUGAUUCAGGGGGGCCACUUUUGUGUCGAGACAAAAGGGACCCGGAGAGAUGGUUCGUUGGCGGAAUAGUGAGUUGGGGUAUAAAAUGUGCUCAUCCAAAGCUACCGGGUGUUUACGCAUACGUGCCAAGGUACGUGACGUGGAUCCACAAGCAGAUCGCGAAAUACUCCGACAAAGACAAGGGGUAACGAGAGUUUUGCCAAGACACGGGAUAUAAUGGAAAAAUUGCAUGUGCACGAUAUAUGCAGGCAUACUACGUCUACGCGACGACACGAUUACGCUAAACAAAAACGAGAUUAGAAAUAGAGAAGAGAA